AUGGCACGAACAAAGCAGACUGCCCGCAAGAGCACUGGUGGCAAGGCCCCACGCAAACAGCUCGCCACGAAGGCUGCACGCAAGAGCGCCCCGGCUACCGGUGGUGUGAAGAAGCCGCAUCGCUACAGGCCCGGAACUGUCGCCCUGCGUGAGAUCCGUCGCUACCAGAAGAGCACUGAUCUCCUGAUCCGCAAGAUGCCUUUCCAGCGCUUGGUCCGUGAGAUUGCUCAGGACUUCAAGACCGAUCUGCGGUUCCAGAGUUCGGCUGUCUCGGCUCUGCAGGAAGCCAGCGAGGCCUACCUGGUCGGCCUAUUUGAGGACACGAACCUGUGCGCCAUCCAUGCUAAGCGCGUAACGAUCAUGCCGAAGGACAUCCAGUUGGCACGCCGCAUCCGUGGCGAGCGCGCCUAG